AUGGAUCUGGUUCAUCACAUUUACUCCCUCAUGUUAGAUGGCAGACUUUUCCUCGCGCCCAUCGGCGAUCACCCCCAGCGUGUUCUUGAUUUGGGGACUGGCACUGGCAUUUGGGCCAUAGACUUCGCAGAGACACCACCAAAUUGUGUUUUUGAAGUGGACGAUUUUGAGGCUGAAUGGUUGUAUCACACGCCAUUCGAUUUCAUUCAUGCACGCGAACUAGAAGGUUGUAUUGGUGAUGAUGAGCGGUUCCAGCAGGCACUCCAACAUCUAGCCCCAGGUGGAUAUAUUGAGCUGCAGGCAGUCGAUGCUCCUUUUUUGUCUGAUGAUGGCACGGUUCAAAAGGCUGUGAAUGCUCAGCUGUGGCUCAAAACCCUUUGCGAAGGAUCUGCCAAGUUUGGCAAGCUUAUCGACUGUGCGCCUUCGUGGAAGGCCAAGCUAGCAGCUGCUGGCUUUGUCGAAAUACAUGAGGAAGUCCGAAAGAUGCCACUCGGCAUGUGGCCUAAAGAUCCCAAACUCAAGGAGAUUGGCAGGUUCCAACCCAUCCAAGAAGCUAAGGCUAUUGAAUCAUAUACACCACAGAUAUUCUCAAGUGUACUAGAAUGGUCGCAGGAGGAAAUACUGGUCUUCAUGGCCAAGGUUAAGAACGAGAUUAAGGACCCCUCUAUCCAUCUUUAUCUCCCUGUUCACUUUGUCUGGGGUAGAAAGCCCUUGACGGAAGGCGAACCAGCACCUUAA